AUGGCCUUCGUCCCGCCUCGAAUGCCACCGCGUCCAUUUGCGCCACCUCCUCCAAACGUAUCCCCGUCUAUACCACCUCCGCCGAAUCGCCGGAGCCCCCCACCACCCUCACCUUCGAAGCAAACACCACCUCCACCACCUCGCCGCAGACCCCCGCCACCCCCACCUCCGAAGAAAGCGCCACCCCCACCUCCGAAGAAAGCGCCACCACCACCGCCAAGAAGGAUGGCCCCGCCUCCGGCACCCGUCCGCCCUCCACCACUGGUGCCGCCGCCACCGAGCCCGAACCACACCGUCAUCAUCGUCGUGUUCGUCUCCCUCGGCGGCCUUCUCCUCCUCGCAUGCCUCGCGGCGGCACUGUUUUGCUGCAUCAAGAAGAGAAAGAAGAAGAUGGCGUUCGCCGUGGACGUGGCGGACCGUGUGCAUGUCCACGAGACUGUCGUUCCAGGACCCCAUGGCCAACAACUGGCGACCCGGUCGAUCGACGAAGAUGUCAAAGUUCAUGAGGUGUUCAAGAAGGGCGCGGUGACCGGUGAAGCUUCACUUAGUGAGCCUGCAUCGGGGAAACAACGCUCGAGCAGCACGAUCGGCGGCGCUGGCGCUCCUGUGACGGGUCGCCACCACCUUCUCUGGCACAAAGGCUAG